AUGAUGUGCUUCACUGCAUCGGAAUGUCAGGCACAACAACAAUUGGAGGAUAAAUAUAAUGUUGAAUUUUCUGUUGAUGGAGGAAAAACAUGGAAAUCACGCGGAAUGAUUGUACAAGAUCCUAGUAGUCGAUUAAAUCGUUUGCAAUUCCGUUCAUCGCUCACCUCCGAUGCCAAAUGGCCAAAGGAUUUAAUUCAAAUUAUUUCCGAUCGAAUUUUGAGUAAGAAACCUGAGAAUUUAAUGUAUCAAUUACGUUUUCGUUCACCCACGAAUGGAGAAAUUCUUGCAAUGAAUUCUAUUUCUAUGUGUGCAUUGAUAAGCUCAAAAUUUAAAGAGGUUUGGCAUUUACAAUACGACGUGAAAGAACAUCUUAUUUCUGUUUCUCUCCAUGCCGAAAAUGUUCCUUCAAUUCCAUAUCACGCAAGAACUUGUUCCGAUGAAGUCAUUUCUUCACUGCAAAAGUUAAAGAAUGGUCUUCUCCAAAAUGGUGUCAGAGAAACUGUUAGAGUUGUGACUCAUAAUGCUCCAAAAACGUCAGAAAAAGUAAGCUUUGCUGGAAUUAAAACACCUGAGGAAAAGAGAAGGGAAUUGGAGCAAGCUAAUGAACCAGGUUUCUUCAGGAAAUACUGGUAUCUUUUAGUUCCAGCAGGUCUCAUCCUUCUCAGUUCCAUGUUUACUGGUGGUGGUUCCGAAUAA